AUGGGAUGUGUAUUAUCCAUUGCCGUUCCCGCAGCCCUACAAGUACCGGACAAGGAUGCGAAUGAUAACAAAAGAGUCGCGGUGAAGGUGCAAAAGCUCACUCCCGAAUCAGAAUCCAUGAUCCUCGAGGAGUACAGAAUUCUUCGAGAUUACACGUCUCAUCCGAAUCUGCCGGAUUUCUAUGGUAUAUAUCGCAGAAGAUCCGGAAAGAAGACCGAAUACGAUCAAAUAUGGUUCGUGAUGGAGCUUUGCGACGGUGGAACAGUGAUGGAUCUCGUGCACGGCCUUCUAGCCAUGAACAAGAAAAUGCGGGAAGAGCACAUAGGCUUCAUCCUGAGGGAAGUGAUUCAGGCGAUGAUUUAUCUGAACGAGAACAACGUGAUGCACCGUGACAUCCGUGGCAGUAAUAUAUUACUGACCAAAGAGGGAGAGAUAAAGUUGGUCGAUUUCGGCCUGUCGAGAACGUGCCAGGCUGAAAUAGGAAAGAGGUACACUUGCGUGGGAUCGCCGAGUUGGAUGGCACCGGAGGUCGCCAUAAGCAAAGGGAAUAACUCGGAGGGAUACGGAAACAGAGCGGAUGUCUGGGCUAUCGGAAUCACGGCGAUCGAGUUGGCCGAUGGAAAGCCGCCGUUUCAAGAUAUGCACCCUACCAGGGCGCUGUUCCAAAUAAUACGAAAUCCUCCCCCGACUUUGAACAGACCGUCCAAUUGGUCCCAAAAUUUCAACGAUUUCAUUUCCGAAUGCCUCGAGAAGAAUCCUGAAAAUAGACCGUUCAUGGGGGAAAUAAUCGAACAUCCUUUCUUGGCGGAGUUACCCGAUAACGAUUUCCUGCUAACGAAAGAGAUCAAGAUAUUGAUGAUGGACGCGUGUGAGAAAGGUAAACAGGAAAGAAAAUUGGAAAUAUUAGUUCGAAAGGGUUUCCUGAAGACUCACCAGACCGAUCCUCUGGAGCCUAUGUUCAUGGAAGAUCUGGCCGCGCUCGAAACGCUCACGGAAGACGCGAUCCUGGACGAAUUGCACGAAAGAUUGCGGCAAGGCUAUUACCACAGUUUUAUCGGCGAUAUACUUUUAAUUUUGAAUCCGAACGAGCAACAGGACAUUUAUGGAUCCGAUUUUCACACAAAAUAUCAAUUCAAAUCGCGGUCGGAUAACGCGCCUCAUAUAUAUUCCGUAGCGGAUAGCGCUUAUCAAGAUGUGAUGCACAACAACGAGGCUCAACAUAUUCUACUGGCAGGCGAGAGUAAUUCGGGAAAGACGACUAAUAUGAUGCAUCUGAUUCGACAUCUGAUGUAUUUAGGGAAAAGUUUACAAGAUAUUGGAGGGAGAUUUAUAAAAGCGAUUAAAAUGAUUCAAGCUUUCAGCAAUGCUGCCACACCUUUAAAUCCUAAUUCGACCAGAUGCCUGCUUCAAGUGCAAACCACGUACGGAACGUCCGGGAAAGCCUCCGGCGGCAUAUUUUGGUUGUAUCAGUUGGAAAAAUGGCGAGUUUCUACGCGCGACAGAAAUCAAUCGAAUUUUCACGUGUUGUACUACUUUUACGACGGUAUGGACGCCGUAAAUAAGUUGAAGCAUUAUCAUCUACCACCGGGAAGACGGAUGAGGUAUCUGAGAAUAAGCGAGAAGGGGACUGAAAGAAAGCGAUCGUUCAAAGUUCGAAAUGAUCCACGCGGGAAUGUAGCCAAGUUUGAGGAGCUUAAGGAAGAUCUGAAGAUCUUGGAGAUGGAGGAGCAUUGCGAAAUGAUCUGGAAAGUAUUGGCAGCCAUUUUGAUUCUAGGAGAAAUUCGUUUCAUCGAAGACAAUAAUGGAGAGGCUGAUAUGGACAAUAACGACGCGGCUAACAAAGUCGCCGAGCUGCUUAAUUUAGAUGAGAAGAAAUUUAGUUGGGCGUUGCUUAAUUAUUGCAUGAUCGUGAAUGGAAACGCGGUACGUAAGAGGCACACUUACGAAGAAGCGAAAGAGGCGAGGGAUGUAUUAGCUAAUACGAUAUAUCAACGAUUGGUCGACUGGAUGGUAAACACUAUCAACGUGAAAUUUACAUUGACGCGUUCCCUAUUCGGUGACAAAUAUGCGAUUAACGUGAUGGAUCUCUUUGGAUUCGAAUGUUUUGCGGUGAAUCGACUGGAACAGUUGGUGGUGAACACCAUGAACGAACAGAUGCAGUGUUAUUACAAUCAAAGGGUGUUCGCUUGGGAAAUGCAAGAGCAAGAAGAGGAGGCCAUACCUAUGCAACGUUUACACUUUUACGACAACAAAAAUGCGAUAGACAAUCUAAUGGGCAAAGACAGAGGUUUAUUCAGCAUAAUCGAUGAAGCGUCGAAAAACAUGCUUGAUUAUACGCACGUGAUAAGCAAAAUACAAAAUCGAGCAGGCAACGUUUACGUAAAAGUGGUGAGUUCCCAUGAAUUUACCGUCGCUCAUUACACAGGGAAAUUGGUCUACGACGCUAGCGAGAUUGCCGAGAAGAAUCGUGACUUUCUCCCUCCCGAAAUGAUCGAAACUUUGAGGCAAUCGGCCAUCGGAGCCGUGAAAGAAAUGUUCACGAACAAACUGACCAAGUCUGGCAAUUUGACCAUAAUCGAUGAACAUUCGAAAAUUGAGGAAAAGAAGACGAACAAGGGCAAAUGGGGCGCGCUUAUGCAGGAAUCGAAACUAAGGAGAUUUAACACCACAUCCCGAGGCCAAUUCUCCCAGAUACGGAAAAUGAGAACGUGCGCGGCUACCUUUAAAUCCACCAGCCUUGAAAUCCUUAAGAAUCUCUCGAUAGGAGGCGGAAGUGGUGGUAUGCAUUUCAUCAGAUGCAUAAGAUCGGAUCUCGAAGGGACGCCUCGUGGAUUUUAUCGAGAGGUCGUUAGACAACAGAUCAGAGCGUUGGCAGUUCUUGACACUGCCAAAGCCAGGCAAUAUGGUUAUCCGCAUAGAAUAAGUUUUCCAGAAUUUAUUCGAAGAUAUCAAUUCUUGGCGUUCGAUUUCGACGAAACCGUAGAAAUAAAUAAAGACAAUUGUCGAUUGCUGUUGAUCAGGUUAAAAUUGGAAGGUUGGAUAAUUGGAAAAACUAAAGUAUUUUUGAAAUAUUACAACGAGGAAUAUCUUUCGCGCUUGUACGAGACACAAGUGAAAAAAAUAAUAAAGGUUCAAUGCAUGAUGAGAUCCUUCUUGGCGCGCAAAAACAUGGCGUCGAAGAUCACGUCCAAUAUAAAAAAGGAACCUGGUAGUAAACGAAAAAUAAGAUACCGCGAUUGCCUGAGCUUUUUUUCGGAGAGAAUUUACUCUCCAUCCAAAAUUGCUCUGCAUUUUUCAGACGUUGAAGUUCAAACGACGAACUCGCCACAUCGUGUACAUUCGAACACCGAGGGACAAGAUCUGAUCGACACUCCGUUUUCCAGAGAUCCGAAUGUUUCGAUCCGAUGUCCACCCGAUGCGUUGUCCCAGGCCAGAAUGGAUGACUCAGGAUAUCAAUACGCUUCAAGAAGCAUUACUCCCGUACCACCCGCUAACGCUCAUAAUCCUCGCUCAAAUUACGAUAAUAUCGGAUCGAUACGCUCUAGAAAACACGCACCGCCUCCACCUGUACCGUUCAAUCAACCGCAUCAGCCACCCCUCAUACGUAGCAGUGACAAUUAUAGCUCGAAUAUUCGAAGUAAAAGCAACGUAGAUACUGCUACCUAUAAUUGGGAAUACGAAAAUAAAACUAGCAAGAGUAGCGGCAAUCCUAAUCGUAUCAAUCCGAUUCAAGAAUUGCAAAUGAUAGGUCGUAGAGAUAACUAUGACGGUAACGAGGACAGCGAUGAACCGCCGUUCAACUUUCAGGCAAUGUUGAGAAAAACGCCUUAUCGAGCAUCGUUGAAGCGUCCCUCCGUCUUCGAGAGUCAUUCUCAUUCACCGUCACCACUGCCAACCACGGGAUAUCGUGGAAAUCGCGAGAGCGAGUCGAACGUCGUGUACAAAAGCGGAGGUAGUCGUAGAGAUUCUCUCGAGUGGAGCCCCAACGAAAUGGUCCGAAUGUCUGAGAAAUACGGGAAAGAGGGUGCCUGGGGUGAGGAUCGAUCGGGCGUCGGUGGACGGGGUAACGUGUCCUCGGAAAGCGUGACCGCGGAGAUCGCACCGGGAAUCGUUAUCGAGGGUUACGUGGCCGAGUUGUAAAAAAAAAAAAAUUCGAGUCCAAAAAGGACGAGAAAAUGCUUGC